AACGGAAGCAGAGACUAACCAACUGCGCAGGCGUAAACCACGUACCCGAUCUCUCGCAGCAUCGCGCUGUUUUGGCCCUAUGCUAGCUGUUGCCUGAUCAGUGGUGUGUGUCAAGUCAUACAUACUGGGCUUUGAUUGGGAAGGCAUAGCCGUGGAGAAAGAAAAGGGGGCACCCUAGACACCCCGCGACGAAAUGGCCGGGCAACAGUUUCAGUACGAUGACAGCGGCAACACAUUUUUCUACUUUCUAACGUCCUUUGUUGGACUCAUCGUUAUCCCAGCCACAUAUUACCUCUGGCCCCGAGAUCAGAAUGCUGAACAGCUGCGUCUGAAGAGCCUGCGGAAGGUGCAUGGACGGUGUCUGUGGUACUGCCUCCGCUUGAUGAAGUCUCAGCAGAGCAUCAUACCCACACUGAAGAAAGCAGCCCUAUUGUUUGGCUGGGCUGUGUUUCUGCUGCUGGCCUACAAAGUGUCCAAGCUGGACCGAGAGUACCAGGAGUAUAACCCUUAUGAAGUCCUCGGCCUGGACCAGGGAGCGUCUGUAUCAGAGAUUAAGAAGCAGUACCGUCUGCUGUCGCUGAAGUUCCAUCCUGAUAAAGGAGGAGAUGAAGACUUGUUCAUGAGGAUCGCCAAAGCACACUCCGCGCUGACCAAUGACGAGUCAAGACAGAACUGGGAGACCUAUGGCAACCCAGAUGGGCCAAAAGCCACUAGUUUUGGCAUCGCUCUGCCUGCGUGGAUCGUAGACUCCAAGAACUCCAUGCUGGUAUUGCUGGUCUAUGGUCUAGCCUUUAUGGUCAUCCUGCCGGUUGUUGUGGGUACGUGGUGGUAUCGGUCUAUACGUUACAGUGGUGACCAGAUUCUAAUCAACACGACACAACUCUUCAUGCACUUCAUGUACAAGACGCCCAACAUGAACAUGAAACGGUUAUCCAUGGUGUUGACGGCUGCGUUUGAGUUUGACCCCGCAGCAACAAAGAGGCCACCAUACGACCCACGGACAACAUCCAAGUACCACAGCUGAUCCGUGAGUUGGGGAACAUCAACGUGAAGAAGAAGGAGCCUCCAUUCUGCUACCCAUACAGUCUUAAGGCCCGGGUACUGGUGUUGGCUCACCUGGCACGCAUGGAGGUCUCAGACGACAUC